AUGAGUGCAAGUGCUAUCUUGUCUGACCUGCAGAUCUUCCACGGCAAACUGGUGAAGGAUCACCCUGAUCUUACUUGGGAUUUUACUGAAAUCGCCGAGUAUGUGAUUGGGGAGUUGGAGACUCCACCGGACACGGGGAAUGCGCCCCAAUCAGCCAAUGUGGAGGAGCCUAAAGGUGACUCUGUUCCUGUCUCUCCUUCCCCGAAGGCGCCUAGCGCAGGUGAUGCCAACUCAGGCGCUGAGUGA